AUGAAGAAGAGCAAAUAUAGAUUUAACAAAGCUAUUUCAACGGAAACCAAACAAAAGAAAUAUCAAUGUAAAAAAAUGGCAUUGAAUGUAGCAGAUAACGAUCCAUUUUCUAAAAAACAAACGAUUCGCUCACGAAAGAAACGCUUGCAAGAAUCGUCGCGUCUUGGACAAAAAAAUCUCCAGCAAGAACUCGAAGCGCUACCAUUGUUAAAAGGUUUCAUGCGUACAACUCACAAUUAUGCACCGAUUGAUCAACAGGAGAAACUAUUCAUCGAUAAAUUAAGACAAUGCUCGGUUAUAUUCGAUUUUUCUGAUUGUGUGAGUGAUCUGAAAAGCAAAGAAAUCAAACGUGCUUGUCUCAAUGAAAUUGUCGAUUACAUAACUGUGGCAAGGAACUGUUUGACGGAGAAUAUCUAUCCCGAAGUGAUUCUUAUGGUAUCGACAAAUCUUUUUCGUGUCUUAUCGCCAACAGGUGUUGAUAGUCUAUCUGAUGAUGCUGGUGCUGAAGAAGACGAGCCAACAUUGGAAGCGUCUUGGCCACAUACGCAAAUCGUCUACGAAUUCUUCUUACGAUUUUUGGAAUCGGUUGAUUUUCAGCCCAGUUUAGCUAAGAAAUAUAUCGAUCAGAAGUUUGUCCUACAAUUAUUGGAACUGUUUGACAGUGAAGAUCUGCGUGAAAGAGAUUUCUUGAAAACGAUUCUUCAUCGAAUCUAUGGAAAAUUCCUUGGCCUCCGAGCUUUCAUUCGAAAACAAAUUAAUAAUAUCUUUUUAAGGUACGUGUAUGAAUACGAACGAUUCAAUGGUGUUGCUGAACUACUUGAAAUUCUUGGAAGUAUUAUCAACGGAUUUGCAGUGCCAUUAAAGGAAGAACAUAAAGUAUUUCUCGAACGUGUGCUAAUGCCAUUGCAUAAAACUCAUUCAUUAGCUUUAUUCCAUCCACAAUUAACCUAUUGUAUUGUACAAUUCAUCGAAAAAGAAACAUCUUUAGGUGAAUUGAUUAUCAAAGGUUUGCUCAAAUACUGGCCAAAGACAAGUUCUGUCAAAGAAAUUUUGUUUCUCAACGAACUAGAAGAGAUUCUUGAUAUCAUCGAUGGACAAGUGUUUAAAAUUGUCUGUAUACCACUUUUCAAACAAAUUACACGAUCAGCCACGUCAUCACAUUUUCAAGUAGCUGAACGUUCUCUAGCUUUAUGGUCGAAUGAAUACGUUGUUCAAAUGAUUGAGGAAAAUAUUGAGCAAAUCUUACCUGUGCUACUUCCGCCAUUAUGUCGAAUAUCGAAAUCGCAUUGGAAUACAAAUAUCAUAACAUUGGCAUACAAUCUAUUGAAAAAUUUGAUGGACAUCAAUAAGAAACUAUGUGAUGAUGUGCUAAAUGCAAUGCGAAUCGAAGAGGAAAAAUCGGUGACUAAAGAAAAAGAACGAAUCAAUCUUUGGCAGCAAUUGGAAAAAAUGGGUCUAAAGAACAAGAAUACAUGA